AUGGAUGAAAACCCGGAAAGGAACGCGUCGCAACAAAAUGAAGCUGUCUCUUCUCCAGAAAUCACCGAAAAAGAUACGGUGAGCAAAGUGAGUGAUGACGAGCUGAAACGAUCUCGGAAUGUAUUUUCAAGGGGCUUUGCAGUGGUAGACCACUCAACGGAUAUAGUGGAGUUCUAUACCUUUAUGGCAUUUGUUCAGAAUGUGGAUAAGCGAUAUCUUCCCGAAAUCAAUCCGGUGGCACUCGCUCUUUUUAAAUGUAUUUUACUAAUAAACAAGGGGAAUCUGGAGAUUGAGCAGCUCUGUAAAUUCUUCGUUUCGGCCAAUACGUUUUUCCAGGGCGAGCAAUACAAAAAGGACAUUUCUUUUCUAAAAGCCUGUCUAACCGAGAGCAGUCGAUACCUCUUUCAGAACCUUCGCCAGCAGUUCUCCCUGCUUCAGCCUUACCUCUUCAUUAGCUACUCUACAUACAAUCUGCUCAACAACGUUCUCCAAAUCGAAGAUUUGCACGCCAUGCGCGACUACAUAACCACUAAUUUGAAUUGUCGCGUCAUUCGCUCCACUCCAACCUCCACAAAUUUCGACUUUUUCCCGCUCCCUUCCCCCGUUUCCCCCUUUCCAUCCCCCGCAGCUUCCCUCUUUCCUUCCAUCCUCCUUCUCCAUCUGAACCGCUUUGUCGAAUCUUCCACCACGAGCGUUUCUCUCUCGCUUUUCGAGCGCCACGUCGUCGUUUCGGCGGUCGCUUCGCUGUUCGACGUCAUCGCCGUGGCGACAGACGAUUCCAAAAUCCACCUUUUUAAACGCUCCCUCCAUCAACCCUCUCUUUAUCAACACGUACACACACGCAGCCAUCCACGUGAUUCCGAUAGUCGCUUUGCAUCGCACAUAAAAAUUCCGUCUGCGCGCUCGCCUUCUCCACCGACCAAACCACGCUUUUUUCCGCGGGAAUCGACGGACAGGUGCGAUGCUGGUCCGUUCCCCAAUCCACCUGCGUGGUACCUCUCGUUCUCUGUUUCCACGCAGGCUUGCUAUUCGUUCUCGCGUCUGCCCGUUUGGGAUCUCGCGUUGAAUCAUCGAAACUCGCAUUUCGCGUUCGGCGGACUCGAUUGCCGCGUUUAUUUCUGCAAUUCCGCGGUGGACGAUGCGCCAAUCCGCGUUUUCUCGCAGCACCACGCGCCGAUCACGCGCUUACGCUUCACGCAGAACGAUGUUUUCUUGCUGAGCGCCGAUGAAGCCGGCGAAGUUCGCAUGACGGACGUUUCGUCUGGAACCGUCUAUCGCCUUUUUCUCGCAGAAAUGCAGAUAUCGCAGAUGGUGAUGGUGCUGAAGGAUCAGAUGCUCGUUCUGGGAGACGAUAGGGGGAUGAUUGCGAUGUUCGAUGUGCAGACUGCGCAGUGUGUGUUUCGAAAACAGGUUUGUGAAGGACCGAUCUCUGGGUUGUGCGAGGAUUCGGAGAGAUCGUUUAUAGUCACUUCGGAAGAGGGAGAAGUGGUUCUGUUCGAAUACAAAGACAAUGUGCUAGAGGAAAGGAAGCGAUAUAAGGUGGGAGCAAGGAUUCACCGGAUUUCGCACGCAUUUUCGAAUGUUUUUGCAGCAGUCGAGUAUGACUCUUGCUAUGUUUGUUGGAAAUACAAAAGGAAAUGGAUUUUAUGCUCACUUACGACAGUUAAAAUUGUUUGGCGAUCCUUUCUCAAAGCUAGAAUUCAUUCGUUUAUCCAUGAAGAUAAAAUCAAAAGAAGUCUUCAGAGCAAGAAUUCUCCAAAUCACAUUCAAGUAGAAAGUGUGAAUAUAAUGAUUCAGAGUACUGAAUCGUUAACAGAUAUUAUGGAUAAUGAAAUGUGGCUCAUUCUUGUAUUUUUGAAAGAUUCGUCCAAUCGAAAGCUAAUUCUCAAAGCACGUUCAAAACCGAUCAGUGAAACAUUACUCUAUCAGGUUGACUGCAAUGUGGACUCGGUCUAUCUAACCAAGUACCGAUCUGCAAUGGCCCUCCUCUACAAAACCAAAAACGAAGAUACUUCUCAAACCUCGUCGUUUCCGAUUGGUUCCCCUGCGUUAAAAUGGGGAUUCGGCUCUGUCAUAUUCAUCGAUACCCAUUUCGUCUGCGAAAUUGAAGUCAGCGCCCCCACUCCCGAAUCCGUGAAGUUUCCAAUCCACAGUAAAAAGUAG